GUGCAGAAGAAUCUGAGCAGUGAAAAUGAGUGGUCGCGGCAAGGGAGGAAAAGGACUCGGUAAAGGAGGCGCUAAGCGUCACCGCAAAGUGCUCCGUGAUAACAUCCAGGGAAUCACCAAACCCGCUAUCCGCCGUCUGGCUCGCCGUGGUGGAGUGAAGCGUAUCUCCGGUCUGAUCUACGAGGAGACCCGCGGUGUGCUGAAGGUCUUCCUAGAGAAUGUCAUCCGUGAUGCCGUCACGUACACCGAGCACGCCAAGAGGAAGACUGUGACCGCCAUGGAUGUGGUGUAUGCUCUGAAGAGGCAGGGCCGCACUCUGUACGGCUUCGGAGGUUAAACAUUGACUAUGUAUUACUGAAAAUCAAA